AUGAAGGCAGACGAGCCUCUGGUUCCUGCAAGGCGGGCUCCUCGCCAGCCGGCCCUUCCCAGGCGCCUCACCCAGCAGCGCUUCGCUGCUCCGAUCAGCAACGGAGGUGGCGGGCGAAGUGUCACCCGCUGUUUGUCCUGGCAGGUUGUCUGGGACACGCUGGGGAACAAGCAGUUCUGCUCCUACAAGAUAACGACAAAAACCCAGAAUUUUUGCCGCAAUGAGUAUAACCUGACUGGUCUGUGCAACCGCUCCUCCUGCCCGCUGGCGAACAGUCAGUAUGCGACCGUCAGGGAGGAGAAAGGUCGGUGUUACCUGUACAUGAAGACGAUAGAGCGGGCAGCUUUUCCCCGUCGACUCUGGGAGCGGGUCCUGCUAAGCAAGAACUAUGAGAAAGCACUGGAAGAGAUAGACGAGAACCUCAUCUACUGGCCGCGGUUCAUCCGACACAAAUGCAAGCAGCGAUUUACUAAGAUCACGCAGUACCUCAUCCGCAUCCGGAAGCUGACGCUGAAGCGACAGAGGAAGCUUGUUCCUUUACGCAGAAAGAUUGAAAGGCGAGAGAAGAGAAGAGAGGAGAAAGCCUUGAUUGCUGCUCAGCUGGAUAACGCCAUUGAGAAGGAAUUACUGGAAAGACUGAAACAGGAUACAUAUGGAGACAUUUACAACUUCCCCAUUCACGCCUUUGACAAAGCUCUACAACAGCAAGAUGCAGAAAGCGAGAGCGAGUCCGAUGCAGAGAAGGAAGACGAUGAUGAUGAGGACGUGGAUAAAAGAGAGUUUGUGGAAGCAGAUGACAGUGACCUCAGUGACUUUGAGGACAUGGAUAAGUUGGAGACAAGUAGUGAAGAGGAGCCGGAAGAGGAGGAAGAAGUAGAAAAGAAAGCCUCUCACUCCAAAUCUAAAGGGAAAACUCCCCUGAAAGGACCAGCCAGAAGAAAACGUCCCUACAUUGAAAUAGAGUAUGAAAAAGAAACAGAGCCAACCACCAAAACAAAAGCAGCCUGACUCCUUCCUAAACCCGCAUUUUGUACUGAAUGACAGGACUCCAGAUCUGUCACAACUUUGCCACUCUGUGCAGGACCCUCAAAAAUUACUACUUUUUUUUUUCCAUAUUCUAGACUAACAAUUUUCUUUAAGAAAAGAAGGGUUUCUGUCCCAACCCCUGGCAAUUGCAGCAAGUUUGUGCAACUCCUGCAUGAAGCGCAGUUUUAAGGAAGAAGACUCCCCACCUCUACAACCCCACAAGGCUCAGCUUGGACUGCUGCUUUGUUCUAGACAUGGAGAAGCCCGCAAGUGGCUAGGCGAGCGCCCAAGUGUAUCUUGUUUGGGAGAGGUAUGGGGCUAACAAGAGUGGGAUGAGAA